CUAUCGACUGAACGAUAAAACCUGACACAUGAUAAACGUCAAAUUAAAAGUAAUUAUUUAUUAAAUACACCGUGAAAUAAAUCGAAAUAAUGUCGGGUAAACAACAAACACGUCGUCAAAAGUGGAUUUUGGAAGGAAGCAGGGCCUCAAAGGCAGAUUUAAGUUCUCCGCCAGCUUUUACAUCGUCAAACAUCACUCAAAUCAACGAGGUGUCCAAAAAAACUGACGUAAACCGACUAAUAACUAAAAAAUCAUGGGAUUUGGCCUUAGCACCGAUAAAACAGCUGCCCAUGAAUUUAUUUUUCAUGUACAUGGCCGGAAAUUCCAUCUCCAUAUUCCCCAUAAUGAUGGUCGGAAUGUUGCUGAUGCGCCCCAUUCAGUCGAUCUGGGCCACUAAGAGUACCUUCAAAAUGAUUGAGACCAACACAAUUGGGCAGAUGAUCGUUUACGUGUUGGGGAACAUACUGAAUAUCGGCAUGGCUUUGUACAAGUGUCAGAGCAUGGGUUUGUUGCCGAUUUAUUCGAGCGACUGGCUCGCUUUUGUGGAGCCACCAAUCAGACAGGAAUACGUGGGUGGAGGGGUUGCACUGCAUUAAAUCUAAUAUGUAUUUAUUUAUUGGAAUAAAAUUACACAACUGGGUACUGUUUUAA